UAGAUGUCUGUAGUGCCUCUAAUGUUUCGCGAUUGGUGGGACGAGUUGGACUUUCCAAUGCGCACUUCGCGCCUCCUGGAUCAGCAUUUUGGCCAGGGCUUGAAACGCGAUGAUCUGCUUUCGUCCGUGUGGAACUCGCGCCCCACAGUUCUGCGUUCGGGCUACCUCCGUCCCUGGCAGCGUUCCGCAAACAGCCUGCAAAAACAAGAGUCCGGUUCAACGCUGAAUAUCGACAGCGAGAAGUUCGAAGUCAUUCUGGAUGUGCAACAGUUCUCUCCAAAUGAGAUCACCGUCAAGGUGGCCGAUAAAUUCGUUAUCGUUGAGGGCAAGCACGAAGAGAAACAGGACGAGCAUGGCUUUGUGUCCCGACAAUUCUCCAGACGUUACCAGCUUCCAAGUGACGUUAAUCCCGACACAGUGACGUCAUCGCUCUCUUCUGAUGGUCUGCUAACUAUAACGGCGCCCAUGAAAAAACUGCCACCACCCUCGACUGAGCGCUUGGUGCAGAUUACACAGACUGGACCUUCCUCCAAGGAGGAUAAUGCCAGGAAGGUGGAGACCUCCACAGCCUAAAGUGUUCAACGGACUGGAAAAUGAGCUGAGCAGUGCUUAUUGCACUGUAUUUUUUAUAUCAUCGUAUCGGAAUGAAAACUAGUUAGUACAACAUUUGGAUUUUUUAUAAUAAAUAGACUUUAAAACUUGUGUAAUACUAUAUUCGAA